AUGCCAUCGAAAAGUCUGAAGCUGUCGUCUCGCCCCGCGUUUGCCCGUCGCAUCCCGUCGGAAGAUUCGUCUCGCGCCUGCGUCUCCACCUACCUUCUGGAUCCCUCGUCGGACAGUCGUUCAGGCUCUCUGUGCAUUGUCAAAAUCCACGAAUCGGGUGGUUUGCAGUUGGAGAAUGAGAUCAGCACGUCGGCCGGAGUGUUUCGCUUCGAUUUUCGGAAUCCAUCGACUGUGGUCGCCGCGCUGACCGACGGAUCGCUCGUUGUGCAGAAGAUAGAAGGUAAAUUCACAUUUUCGAAUAAAUGAAGUGCGGAAUCUUUUUAUUUUAGAUGCGAUAUCAUCGGAAACGACACCGGUUUCAUCGGACAUGCUGCUCGAUCUGGGUCUCUCCGAUUCCUCACUCUCCAUCACCUCUGACAACAAAGUGCGACACUUUCCCUCUUCCUCGACUACCUCUUCUUUUUCAGGGCAAUGCCUACAUUGUCGACCUGAACACUUCCCUGAUCGUGUCCACAUGGUUCGCCCACUCGCUUCCGUACGUUCCGGGCGAAGGAUGCGAAGUGUGGUCGUGUGCAAUCACUGGAGAUGCGCAGACAGUCGUCACUGGAGGGGAAGACGGGUCUAUGAAGUGGGCGAGUGCAAUAUUCUCGGAAGAAUUCAGCUGUUUUCAGGCUCUGGGACGCCCGUACUCGCACGUCGAUCGGACAAUCGAAAGCCUUUGGAGCUGGCGUCGUUUUCGUGGAUUUUCCCUCCGAUUCUAAUCAGAUUUUGACUGGCAGCUAUGAUGAACACGUUCGGAUUUUCGAUCGGCGCAAUCUGAAAGAAGCGACAGCGGAGAAGAAAGUAGGGCUUAGUCAUUAAAAUAACUUUAAAAAAACGACAUGGAAACGAUCGGCGCCACUUGAAAUUCUUAUUUUCUAGUGAUCAUCGAUUCUACUUCCAAAACAAACGGGAUGAAACUGACGUUUCAAAGGUCUCUGAAGGUGCGAAAAGGCUUUAUUUUUCCGCCGAUCGUGUUUACCGACCAUACAAUUGAAAUAUUUUGGAAACGAGAAUUAGAGAAUGAGCUAUGAAUGCCAAUGAAUUCUGUUCCGUAUUGCAGCUAACCGGAGGAGUUUGGAACAUCGAACAGACCGGUUCACAGUUUUGCGUCGCGUGCAUGUACGGAGGAUACGCUCUCCUCGAUUCGAACACGCUCGAAAUCGUCCAUCAAAACAGAGAUUCUGGGGCCAAUCUUCUGUACGGAGCCACCAAAAUGAGCGAACGUUCUGUGUUAUUCUGCACUUUUAACGACUACUUGAUUGUUUUAGACGAGUUGAAACUUUGA